GGACUUCAUUAGGCCCAAUUUUGACAUUAGGCCCAAGUCAAAGCUCAAUUUUGACAAUAGACCCAGUUUAAAGCCCAAUCCGCAAGCGUGGUGUCCGGUUGAUAGUUCAUAGCGAAGGAACGCAUCGCUCGAUCCCCGACCUCCGCCUCGCCGCUGAGUCCUCCACCCGGCGCCUCGUCCUCCGAAUCCCGACGAAACCCUUCGAUCUCCACAGGAUUCGACCCCAAUUCCCCCACCGGAGCCCUUCGAUCUCUCCACCGAGUCGUCUUCAUUUUCCUUCUCGCCGAUCCGGAUCUCGCGCCUCCUCACCUCAGAUCCUUCCGAUCCACCAUAUCCAGAUCUAGGGCUUUGAAGGAGUUUCCAGCGCGGGAAGCAAGCGUUACGAGAUGGAGAAGUCGUGCUCGCUGCUGAUCCACUUCGACAAGGGCUCGCCGGCCAUGGCGAACGAGAUCAAGGAGGCCCUUGAGGGGAACGACGUGGACGCUAAGGUCGACGCCCUCAAGAAGGCCAUCAUGCUCCUCCUAAAUGGCGAGACCCUUCCCCAGCUCUUCAUCACUAUCGUGCGCUACGUGCUGCCUUCCGAGGACCACACCGUGCAGAAACUGCUCCUCCUCUACCUGGAGAUCAUCGACAAGACGGAUUCCCGCGGCCGCGUGCUCCCCGAGAUGAUCCUUAUCUGCCAGAACCUACGCAACAACCUGCAGCACCCCAACGAAUACAUCUGCGGCGUCACCCUCCGCUUCCUCUGCCGCCUCUCCGAGCCGGAGAUCUUGGAGCCUCUCGUUCCCUCCGUCCUGGCCAAUCUCGACCAUCGUCACCCCUUCAUCCGCCGCCACGCACUCCUCGCCGUCGCCGCCAUCUACCGCCUUCCCGGCCAGGCCGGCGAGCAGUUGCUCCCCGAUGCCCCCGAGCUGGUCGAGAAGGCCCUGUCCUCCGAACAAGACCUCUCCGCCCGCCGCAAUGCCUUCCUCAUGCUGGCCUCCUGCGCUCAGCCCCGUGCGGUCGCCCACCUCCUCUCCCACGCCGACCACGUCCCUGACUGGGGCGACCUCCUUCAGAUGGCCGCCCUCGAUCUCAUCCGCAGGGUCUGCCGCUCCAACCCUGCCGAGAAGGGCAAGUACAUCAAGAUCAUCAUCUCCCUUCUCAAUUCCCCGUCUGCCGCCGUCGUCUAUGAGUGUGCCAACACGCUCGUAGCAAUGUCCUCCGCCCCAACCGCCAUCCGGGCUGCCGCCAACACCUACUGCCAGCUCCUCCUUACGCAGAGCGACAACAACGUGAAGCUCAUCGUGCUCGACCGUCUCAACGAGCUCAAAUCGUCGCACAGGGAGAUCAUGAUGGAGAUGAUCAUGGAUGUGUUGCGUGCGCUGUCAAGUCCCAAUCUUGACAUCAGGCGCAAGACGUUGGACAUCGCCCUUGAGCUGAUCACGUCAAAGAACGUUGAUGAGGUGGUGCUCGCACUCAAGAAGGAGGUCGUGAAGACCCAGACCAUCGAGCUUGAGAAGAAUGGGGAGUACCGGCAGAUGCUGGUGCAGGCUAUUCACUCAUGUGCCAUCAAGUUCCCCGAGGUUGCAAGCACUGUUGUUCAUCUGCUGAUGGAUUUCCUUGGGGACACCAUUGUAGCUUCUGCUCUUGAUGUGGUUCUCUUUGUGAAAGAGAUAAUUGAGACCAAUCCAAAGCUCAGAGUGUCCAUCAUCACGCGGCUCCUCGACACAUUUUAUCAGAUUCGUGCUGCGAGGGUCUGCACGUGUGCUCUUUGGGUCAUUGGUGAGUACUGCCUUUCUCUCUCAGAGGUGGAGAGUGGGAUCGCGACAAUCAAGCAGUGCCUCGGAGAUCUUCCCUUUUACACUACCACUGAGGAGGGGGAGGUUAUGGAUGGUUCAAAAAAACCCCAGCAGGUCAACUCAUCUGCUACUAUUUCAUCGAGAAGGCCUGUGGUUUUGGCGGAUGGGACAUACGCAACCCAAAGUGCUGCCUCGGAAACCGCUUUAUCUGCUCCGAUUGUUCUUCCUGGAUCUUUGGGUUCGCCUGGGAAUUUGAGGUCACUGAUUUUGUCUGGUGACUUCUUCGUAGGAUCAGUUGUUGCUUGCACUUUAACUAAGCUGGUUUUGAGACUGGAGGAGGUCCAGCCAUCAAAGUCCGAGGCAAACAAAGCAUGCACUGGGGUCUUGCUGAUAAUGACUUCCAUGUUGCAAUUAGGACAAUCUUCCUUUCUUCCCCACCCGAUCGAUAAUGAUUCUUUUGACAGGAUUGUGCUGUGCAUUAGAUUGCUCUGCAACACUGGUGAUGAGGUGAGGAAAAUAUGGUUGCAAUCGUGCCGCCAGAGUUUUGCAAAGAUGCUUGCAGAGAAGCAAUUCCGAGAAACUGAGGAGAUUAAAGCUAAGGCCCAAAUUUCCCAUGCACAACCCGAUGAUCUCAUUGAUUUCUACCAUUUGAAGAGUAGGAAGGGUAUGAGCCAGCUUGAGUUGGAGGAUGAGGUCCAAGAUGACUUGAAACGUGCAACUGGAGAAUUUAUGAAGGAUGGAGAUGAUGCAAAUAAGUUGAAUCGAAUUCUUCAACUCACUGGAUUCAGUGAUCCUGUGUAUGCUGAGGCAUUUGUGACAGUUCAUCAUUAUGACAUUGUCCUUGAUGUAACUGUGAUUAACCGAACAAAGGAAACACUUCAGAAUUUGUGCUUGGAAUUAGCAACCAUGGGAGACCUCAAACUUGUAGACCGGCCACAGAACUAUACUCUAGCUCCAGAGUCAAGCAAGCAAAUUCGAGCCAAUAUAAAGGUUUCUUCAACAGAGACUGGAGUCAUAUUUGGUAAUAUUGUAUAUGAAACUUCAAAUGUGCUUGAGAGAACUGUUGUCGUCCUCAGUGACAUCCACAUUGACAUCAUGGACUACAUAUCUCCUGCUUCCUGUGCUGAUGUGACAUUUAGGAAUAUGUGGGCAGAAUUCGAAUGGGAAAACAAGGUUGCAGUGAACACUGUAAUACAGGAUGAGAAGGAAUUUUUGAAUCACAUAAUCAAGUCGACCAACAUGAAGUGCCUCACACCACCCUCUGCCGUGGACGGGGAGUGUGGGUUUCUUGCUGCUAACCUGUACGCUAAGAGUGUCUUCGGAGAGGAUGCUUUGGUCAAUGUGAGUGUUGAGAAGCAGGCUGAUGGUAAGCUAAGUGGUUAUAUCAGAAUAAGGAGCAAGACGCAAGGGAUUGCCCUCAGUUUAGGGGAUAAGAUCACUUUAAAACAGAAGGGCGGUAAUUAGUGACAACUAUAUCUAUUAUGUCCAGUUCAACAUCCCGUACUGCAUUUUUUUUUGGUUUUCUGAAAAGGAUUUUCUAAUCGAUUCGGUUUCAGAAUCAUUUCCUCGAGUCAUCUUAUGCUUUGUGAGCAAGAGGUAGCAGGACCGGCACUUGUUCCGUUUGCACUAUUUUGUAGUAAAUUGAUACAGGGAUUUGAUUCUACAUGAUUGCUUAAAAUAAGUUCUCCCAUCUGAGAGACCUAAUUUUUUGCAGUAGUUCUAUAUUCUGUAACUUGUGUUGGGGUUGCCUUGCUUGAGAGUGAACCACCGAAUAUUAACACUGAUUUCUCAUCCUUUUGUGGAUU